ACUUUCUUAACUCUCUCACUCUGCCUCUCGCUUCAGCAUUUUGCUCUCGCAAAAAACCCUACCCAAAGCCCAUUCUAACCAAAAGCAAGCAUGGCAGAACGAGGCGGCGAGCGUGGAUCCUUCGGGCGUGGAUUUGGCCGAGGCCGUGGCGACCGUGGCGGUCCUCGUGGCCGUCGCCGCGCUGGCCGUAGAGAGGAGGAAGAGAAAUGGGUUCCAGUCACUAAACUCGGUCGUUUAGUUAAAGAGAACAAGAUCAGAAGCCUCGAGCAGAUCUAUCUCCACUCUUUGCCAAUCAAGGAGUAUCAAAUUAUCGACCAGCUGGUCGGCCCCUCGUUGAAGGAUGAGGUCAUGAAAAUCAUGCCAGUUCAGAAGCAGACACGUGCCGGUCAGAGAACCAGGUUCAAGGCCUUCGUUGUUGUCGGUGACGGUAACGGCCACGUCGGACUCGGCGUCAAGUGCUCGAAGGAAGUGGCCACGGCAAUUCGCGGAGCGAUUAUACUGGCCAAACUGUCGGUUAUUCCAGUGAGGAGAGGAUACUGGGGUAACAAGAUCGGUAAGCCACACACCGUGCCCUGCAAGGUUACGGGGAAGUGUGGUAGUGUUACCGUGAGAAUGGUGCCGGCACCACGUGGAGCUGGAAUCGUGGCUGCUAGGGUCCCAAAGAAGGUUCUGCAGUUCGCUGGGAUUGAGGAUGUUUUCACAUCCUCUCGUGGGUCUACCAAAACUCUUGGAAACUUUGUGAAGGCAACUUUCGAGUGUUUGUUGAAGACGUAUGGAUUCCUCACUCCUGACUUUUGGAGGGAGACUCGCUUUGUGAAAUCUCCAUUCCAAGAGUACACAGAUCUCUUGGGAAAGCCAACUGGGAAGCUACUCAUUGCAGAGGAUCAUGGAAUUGAUGCUUAAGCUAUUUUAGGUUUCUUGAAUUUUGCUCGGCCUUAUAGUAUAGCGUUGUUCGUUACAAAUGUUUUUCUUUUUUUCUUUUUAAUUUCUGCAGGACUAGUAUGUUGGUAUUUUUGGGACAAUUGUCUGUUUUAACAUUUUGACAUUUGAAUCAAAUUAUGGUUGGUUGAAUUGUGAUGGAUGUUAUUAAAUUUCUUUGAUUAC